CUCAGUUUGUCUCUUUGAUCCUUCUGUCCGUCCAAUGAGCGUCCGGCUGUGACGUCAGAUACCGAAUAUGAUUCUGGUCCAAUGAGAAUCCUCUGGGACUCGGACUGGUCCGCUCGGCUCCGCUUCUUCUCCUGCAGAGCCCAGACUGUCUCCAGGAGAGACUUCAUCGCCAUCGUCAUCAUUAAUGUCCCUCUGAGACCAGGACUCGGUAUGAGACAGACGGACGGAUGGACAGACUGAGACCCGCAGCCUCACAUAGAUGAAGAGGUCAUGGAGAGACGGAGCUGUGGAGUCCGACACAUGUGCACUCUGAGCCUGCUGCUGGUCUCCGUGUGUCCGCUCUGCUGCAGAGCCUCCUGGAUGUGGUUGGGCGUGACCUCGGCGGGCCUCCCAGAGCAGCGGGGCUGUUCUGACCUCCCUCUGAGCCACAGACAGCGAGAGCUGUGCCGUAAGAAGCCCUUCCUGCUGCCCAGCAUCCAGGACGGCGCCCAGCUCGCCAUUGCCGAGUGUCAGAGUCAGUUCAGACACGAGAGGUGGAACUGCUCCACCACAGAGCAGCCGUCAGUGUUUGGAUACGAGUUAACCAGCGGAACCAAAGAGACAGCGUUUAUCUACGCGGUGAUGGCGGCGGGGCUGGUCCACGCCAUCACACGCUCCUGCAGUCAGGGGAACAUGACGGAGUGUGGCUGCGACACUCGGCUGCAGGGCGGCGGCUCGCCGAAGGAGGGCUGGCACUGGGGCGGCUGCUCGGAUCAGGUCCAGUACGGCAUCUGGUUCAGCCGCAAGUUCAUCGACAACAGUGUGAAAAACACGUCGACCAGCAGAGGAGGGUACACGCUGAGCACCUGUAACCAGCACAACAGUGAGGCCGGACGACAGGCGAUCGUCAGGACAAUGUCCACGCACUGUCGCUGUCACGGCAUCUCCGGCUCCUGUGCGUUGAAGACGUGUUGGAAGACGGUGGCGGCGUUCGAGCGUGUGGGUGUGUACCUGAAGGAGCAGUACGAGUACAGCGUUCAGGUGUCGGACCGCUCGAGGAGGAAGACGAGGAGGAAGGAUCGGCACCGCCUCUCCGUCGACAUGCACCAGCUCAUCUUCUUCAACAAGUCGCCAAACUACUGUGUGGAGGACCGGCGGCGGGGUAUUGCUGGCACCAGAGGACGCCGCUGCAACCGGACGUCCACGGGCUCGGACAGCUGCGUCCUACUGUGCUGCGGCCGAGGGUACAACACGCAUCUGGUGAGACACGUCCAACGCUGCGAGUGCAAGUUUGUCUGGUGCUGCUACGUCCGCUGCCGCCGCUGCGAGAGCAUGAACGACAUACACACCUGUAAAUAACAACAGGGAUUAAAGAAGACAGGAGACAGACGGGAGCCUUUAAGGACAAACUGACGCGUCAUGUUUGGACGGACGUUACUGGACUGUCCUUUAACCCACUGGGUACGUUUCUAUGGAAACGAGCUUUUUAAAGUGAUGAUGUCAUCACUGAAUGGACCAAAUAAGGAGGAUUAGAAAGACAUUUCGGUUCACGUGGACCAACGCGUCUCAUCCCAGCUCAUCAAACACCACCGCUCUGUCAGAGGACAUACACAUCUCAAUGUGACGUUC